GUCACUCGCUCAUGAAAGCCUUCCUGAAAGUAAUGUAAUAUUGCGAUACCUUCAGCCGCGUUUCGAUGUCAAUUCCGGUUUAAUUGUAGAGUUUUUCUUUAAAUCAGCGCGUUUUAUCGUUAAUUAAUAUCCAUUAAAUAAGCACGUUAAGUGAAAUAUGUAUAUUUACUCGUAAUAUUUAUUUAUUUUUACUUAUUUGUCCAUUUUAUUUGGACCUAAUAUACGGUGCCCAAAAGGUUCUAACCUAACAGAGAGGAAAUUUCCUCUCUGGCUCUGUAAGAAAGCAUCUGUUUAGAGCCUUUAAUAUAUGUGUAUGUACUUUUUCUACACUACUACGCUUUUCGCUUCGAUAGUGUUUGCGUGUGAGUGAAUCGAGUGAAUGAGGUGAGCUCGUAUCCAUUCGUAUCCCGUAACUCGUAGUGUUGAUCUACUGAAAAUGGCUACUUCGAAAACAACAAACACAUACAACAGACAAAACUGGGAAGACGCUGAAUUCCCGAUAUUAUGUCAGACUUGCUUAGGUGACAAUCCCUAUAUUCGUAUGACGAAGGAGAGAUACGGAAAGGAGUGUAAAAUAUGUAUGCGGCCAUUCACCGUGUUUAGAUGGUGUCCUGGCGCAAGGAUGAGAUUCAAGAAGACGGAGGUCUGUCAGACGUGCAGCCGUUUAAAGAACGUCUGCCAGACCUGUUUGUUAGACUUGGAGUAUGGUUUACCCAUUCAAGUGAGAGACGCGGCACUCAAGAUCAAAGACGAUUUACCCAGAUCAGACGUGAACAAAGAAUACUACGUUCAGAACAUAGACAGUGAAAUCGGGAAGAUAGAUCCAACCUCGCCUGCAGGUGCUGUUGGGAAGUCCGCAGCAGCCAGUGACCUGCUGAUGAAGCUGGCAAGGACCAGUCCUUAUUACAAACGGAACAGACCUCACAUCUGUUCAUUCUGGGUGAAAGGAGAAUGCAAAAGAGGAGAGGAAUGUCCGUAUCGGCAUGAGAAACCGACGGAUCCCGAUGACCCGUUAGCGGAUCAAAAUAUCAAAGACCGUUAUUACGGUGUUAACGACCCUGUUGCGGACAAACUGAUGCGCAGAGCUGCGGCCAUGCCCAAGUUAGACCCGCCGGAAGACAAAUCUAUCACGACCUUAUACGUUGGAAACUUGGGCGACGUUUUAACGGAGAAACAGCUGCGCGAUCAUUUCUACCAGUACGGAGAAAUACGAUCGGUGACCAUGGUCCCUCGUCAGCAAUGUGCCUUCAUCCAGUACACGCAAAGAAGCGCUGCGGAAGCCGCAGCAGAGAGGACGUUCAACAAGCUGAUACUGGGAGGUCGAAGACUGACGAUUAAGUGGGGACGUUCGCAAGGAAGGCAAACGAUAUCUGCGGCAGAAGCGACCAGAGAGAUCCUAGAACCGGUACCAGGCUUGCCCGGGGCUUUACCACCACCGCCGGAGAGUAUGGGAAACAAUUUUUUCAAUCUGCAAACUACCCCGGGCAUGAUGCCGCCGAUGAUGAUUCCACCUCCGCCCGUUGCUCCGCAAUUUAUGUUCCCUCCUCAAAUGGCAGCCGCAACCGCAACCCCGAUCUUCCCACCUGGAACCGCUCCGAUACAUUAUCCGAGCCAGGAUCCAUCGAGAAUGGGCGCGUCUCAGGGCAUAGGGAAGCCUUGGCCCGAGGAAUAAUUAUUAUACUUCAACUGUCGAACGAUUGUAAUUAUACGAGAAGAAUUUAUAAAAUAUAAACGUAUAUCUUCGAUCUUGUUCAUGGAAA